UCUCCAUCGCUUCUUUUAACACCUGGACUGUUCAUCUUUUUCUCUUCACCUAGCCAUAAUGGCUUCUACAGCAAAUCAAGGGGCAAUAGACCAGUCAGCAAAUCAUGAUAGGGCUAAAUGUACUGCACCAGAGCUUCUUUUGAAAGUCGUUCUGGCGGGGACAUUGAGCCACUAUGAGACGCGUGGGAUGAUUGAUGAUAAGAGACUAGAGCAUAUGUUACUGGCAGGAAAGCAGAUUCUCUACAAGAGUCACCAAGAGAGCGAUGUUAGACAAAACCUCGGUUUCUCUCCUGCGAUAUGGCAGGGGCUCACGGAUGUCUUAACAAAAGCUAUCCCUGUCCUCGAGUCGCAAUCUUUUGCUUGGAAGAAUCCUGCGACUGCGAAUUAUGAUGGGUCUUCCGCUAAUUUAAUCGCUUAUAAUUACUUCUCUCUGGUUAAAGAUAUCGAACGUCUCAAUGACCUGUGCACGAUCGCGCGAAACUUGCUUGCCACAACGAAAAGAGCCCAGAACUUGGCUGCCGAAAAGGGCUUCGACCAACGCAUCUUAAUGCUGAUUGAUACUUGUGUGAGAGUCACAGCAAGAGGAUAUGAUGGGGAGAGCAACCCAAGAAAUGAAGAACGAUGGCAGAAAGUUGUUAGUCUCUAUAAGAGAUUAUUGAUAACUUGCUUGCAGUUUCUUCACAACUUCAUUAUGCACAAUGAGCACCGAAAACUAGUGUUAUGGCUAGAUUUGUUUGGCUAUCACCAAAAUGGGGAGUCCAGUAUAAUCACACACAUGGAGCCACUAGAUCAAUCUCAUGCUACCGCACAAGGUGUAGCUCCUAUUGUCAGAGCUGGUGAGAGAUUGGUCAAUCCGCCGUUAAGGACACUUUACGACCAAACUGCUGAAGACCUCUUGUUGGAAACAAUAUCCACAUUCCCUCGAGAGCCAGCUACCAUUAAGGAAGAAGCUGCCAUGCUGUUGCUGGCAAAUAUCAAGGAUCAUAUGGAGAAGCUACUUGGGAGAAAUUUGAAGGAGAUUCAGCAAAUGGGUAAGGACCCAGAACGAGUUAAAGAAAUCCGUGCCGCGCUUACUGCGAUUCUGGGUGCCAAAGUGGACGGUUGGGCAGACCUGAACGAGCGCCAAGGUGGACCCAGCAGAGAGGAGGAAGAAGCGCGCAAAAAGCCCAUUCUGAGCAUCGAUCGAACUGCCACCACCGGAUACCCACGUACUUGUUGGACAGAUUUGCCAGAUUUAGAUGAAUACGGUGCAAUCGCAGCAGUCGAUGCGCCUGUCACUGCUGAAGACAGAAUGAUGACUCGCUCGGCUCAGUCGGCUGCCGAGACUUUGCAGGAGGCUAAGGACGAACUGAUGGCUCGUUUGCAAGAAACCUCUCCUGAUAUGGUUGAAGGGGAUAGCCAGUAUGAUUCUUCAGAGAGACGUGGUAUGCGAGGUGAUGACGAUUCGCGUGGUACUGACGGAUUGGCGGAUGCGAGUGGCGAGGAGGAUGAAGACGAGGAAGAUGACGACGAUGAUUACCGAGGCCGACCGGGCGACCAGCAGCGCGGUUUGUUAACUGACAUUCCACUUGUUCUUGGCCCCUCGGAAAUUGAAGCCUUGCCUAUGAUUAUCCAGGCCGGUAUCGUGGAUAGUUUCGGCCCAAAGGGGCCUCAGAAGCCUGGUACCAAGAACAUGCAAGCUGUUAGAUGCCAUAUUCUGCUGGCACAGGAUACGGGUCGAAAUCUCCUAAGGGAACUUCUCAUAUUCAUUGCGGCAUGGGACCUUCCAGACGAUGAGCUUUACUUUAAGAUGAUGGUGCAAAUCAUGGAAGCCGUUCUCAAAAAUGGGUUAAUGUCUCACGCUUAUUCCGACUUUGGCCAAGCUAAAGACAUCAUCUCACCGGCACAAGCUGUGGUUAUCAAGAUCCUUACGCAUAUUUUCAGGGCCAAAUACUCUCCUCCCAAUAUUACUUCCGCCACAGAAACACCAACAGGUCGGAGUUCUGUCCCCGUUACCAAGGUUGACGUGUUGACCGUCCGCUAUAUCUUUACCAUCUUUCGUGGAAAUAUCAUUCCGGAAACAUGUGCCCUCAUCUACCUUCAAGGUCAGAUUCGCGCCGGCCAUGCUCUUCCAGAAGACUUCCCGUUAAAUUUGUGGGACAUGGAACGUGUGUACGAAGGUGUAUACCAGUUCUUGGAAUUCUUCGCCGUUCUUACCGAGAACACUGAAUGGAAGAAUCUUCUGGUACAAUGGGAGAUUGUAUAUGACUUGGUCACAUUAAUCAAAGAGUUGGAGGCGAGUAUUCCGAAGGGAAGCCUUAGCUCCCUCACUGCUGCUGCGUCAAGAGCUCCCCAAACACCCAAGGAAUCAGCACAGCCCGGAAGUGCCGCUCCGGUCGCCGUAGAACGCCCAUAUGAGCCCAAUGAUCCUGAGCCAACGGAUGCAGUUACCGUCAGCGCUGAAUCAAGAGCACCAUCUCCUCCAAUGGGUAACGAAGAUCCUUCUGAAUUUGAAUGGCGCAACCUCAAGAAGCUUGUCAUUCUCGUGCUUUCUUCGCUUGUUUGGAAGUGCCCAGAAGUUCAAAACCAGAUUCGCAAGUAUGGUGGGGUCGAAACAAUUUUAUCGUGCACCAGUUUUGAUGCGCAUAAUCCUUACAUUAAAGAGCACGCCGUCAUGUGUCUGAAGUUUCUGCUCGAGGGCAAUAGAGAGAAUCAAAGAGUGGUUGAGGAGUUGGAGGCGCGGGAGGUGAUGAAGGAUGAGGGUGGACUGCUGGAAAGGAGUGGCUAUGAGGCUGUUCUCGAUGAAGUUGGGAAGCUGUCUAUCCGGAAGAAAGACGCAAAUGCUGCUGUUGCGGGCCCCUCGGGGAUCGACAGAAGACAAUAAUAGGCAGGAAGUUUUCGCCUGUGUGAGUCGGUUUUGAAUGUAUUUGAUAUACUGAUAUCUUUUGUCUUUUGACCUUUGA